AUGCCCUUGCCACAGCUGCUUCAUUUAAAGGACAAAAAGCGAUUUGAGAAAGCAAACCAAGAUGCAGGUCCUGGUUUGAAUCUUGAAGAAUUUAUUGCUUUUGAGCAUCCUGAAGAAGUUGAUUAUAUGAUGGAAUUUGUCAUUCAAGAGGCUUUAGAAGAACAUGACAAAAAUGGUGAUGGAUUUGUUAGUUUGGAAGAAUUUCUUGGUGACUAUAGGCGAGAUCCAACAGCAAAUGAAGAUCCAGAGUGGAUACUGGUUGAGAAGGAUAGAUUCCUGAAUGAUUAUGACAAAGAUACUGAUGGCAGGCUUGACCCCCAAGAGCUGUUGUCUUGGGUAGUACCCAAUAAUCAGGGCAUUGCACAAGAAGAGGCUCUUCACCUAAUUGAUGAAAUGGAUUUGAAUAGUGACAGAAAGCUCUCGGAAGCAGAGAUUCUGGAGAACCAGGACUUGUUUCUUACCAGUGAAGCUACAGAUUAUGGCAGACAGCUUCAUGAUGAAUAUUUCUAUCAUGAUGAGCUUUAAUCCCUGGGUAGAUCUAAAUAGGAUACUGUCUUCUUUUAUAAUUUGUUACCAGCUUUACUUUUGUGAUAAAAUAUUGAUGUUAUAUUUUACACUCAAGUCUUACCACAGUCAAAAUGAUCUUAAAUGUAGAUUGUAAUUUUGGCCUUUUAGAAGAAAAAUGAAACAAAACCUGGUAUUUAUUUCAGAAUGUAUUGAAGAAAUAAAACAAUAUUAUGCCAUAUGACAACAAAAUCUUUCCUAAAUAUUCCAUCUGUUUAGUACUGUAUUGUGGGAUAUUUGAGUUCUAUUUCCAUACUUGAAAAAAUGGAGGAUUUUAGAGAUGCCUGAACAAUAUUAUUUAAAUAGUAUGUGACUGAGCUAUCAAUUUUUCUUUUGUUUUAAGUAGAUUUAACUUGGGAACUGACAGAAAGGACAUUGUUUUUAGAUUUAGCAUUUUGUUUUAAAACCUUUAAAGGAACCUUUAGAAGGACUUAUACCUCACAUUUUAAUGUUGAGAAGUUCUGCUUACUUUUAAAAUGGUUUCUAUAAAGGGUUUUAUUGUAUGAAAUAGAACUUUAUAUUUUUGCAUAUGUAUAGAUAGUAAUUAUAUUUAAUGUGUAACUAUAGCAUUAUGGUGUGUGGAAUUUGACAUUGUCCAGAACUCUUCAUUUUUGACUGAUUAAAAAUGAAAUGUCCUAUCUUUUUA